AUGGUCACGUCUCCUCGCCUGUCCAGGUUCCCGCCGUCUGCUUCCGCUGCGGUGGCGACGACACCUUUGCCCUUGACAGACAGCGAUGCCAAGCAUCUCCAACAACAUGGCUAUCGUUACGACCAUGCUCACGCCCACGCCCACGCCGCCGCCAAGCUGCGCGGCUUUGAUGAGCCGUCUCCGGUCCAGAAUCAACAGCCCGCUCGCGCCUUGACUCUCCACCCUUCACUCUACAUUCUGAGCUGGAUCUUCUUCUCCAAUUGCACAAUCCUCUUCAACAAGUGGCUCAUUGACAAUGCCGGCUUCCCCAUCCUCCUCACAUGCUGGCACCUCGUCUUCGCCACGCUGGCCACGCAGAUCCUCGCCCGCACCACAUCCCUCCUCGACUCGCGCCACUCCCUCCCCAUCGACGGCAGCCUGUACAUCCGCACCAUCCUCCCCAUCGGCAUCCUGUACUCGGGCUCGCUCGUCUGCUCCAACGCCGUCUACCUGUACCUGUCCGUGCCCUUUAUCCAGAUGCUCAAGUCGGCCGCCCCCGUCGUCGUCCUCUUCUUCUCGUGGCUCUGGGGCCUGGCCGACCCAGACGUGACGGCCCUGGUCAACAUCGUCGUCAUCGUCGCCGGCGUCGCCAUGGCCAGCGCCGGCGAGAUCCACUUCUCCUGGGUCGGCUUCCUGUACCAGGUAGGCGGCACCGUCUUCGAGGCCAUGCGCCUCGUCAUGAUACAGGUCAUGCUCUCCUCCGAGGGCCUCAGGGUGGAUCCCCUCGUCGGACUGUACUACUACGCCCCCGUCUGCGCCCUCAUGAACUUUGUCGUCGCCUUCUGGACGGAGCUGCCCACCUUUGACUCCCUCAUGACCCUCACCGGCAUCCUCAAGAGCAUCCUCCUCGUCAUCACCUCCGUCCUCAUCUGGAGCACACCCAUCUCCCCUCUCCAGUGCUUCGGCUACUCCACCGCCCUCGUCGGACUGGUAUACUACUCCCUAGGACAUGACCAGCUCGUCAGCCUCUUCCACUCCAUCUUCACCUGGAUCCUGGAAGCCUGGAACGAAGAGGACGAUAUCGGCAUCGACUCGGAUGGCAGGAACGUUGACGCCAACAACAACGACGACGACGACGACGACGACGACGAGGCCAAGACCCGUCCUGCCAACCAUGGCGACGUCUGGACACCCCAGCGUAGACGCGUGAUUCUGGUUACCGGCGCGCUGUGCUUUAUCAGUUCCGUCUUUGUGGCCGGCGUGUGGCAUGGUCCUGCCGCCCUGCGGAGGGCGAGGGACGUCUUUCCUGGACUGCUAAGUUCAAAAAGGCUAAGUCGGUAA